AUGAAGCUCAUCGCCACUGCUGUUCUAAUGAUGAGUGUUGCUGCCGUCACCGUGGCAGGACACGCCAUCGCACCGUAUGCUGCAGCCCCAGGAUAUGUGGAGCAUGCCAUCCACGAUACGGCCGCCGUGGCGGGUGCAUAUUACGGCGCACAUUACGCGCCACAUGGAUAUGCGCUUUCGGGCUUUGCCGCACCGUAUGCUUCCUACUAUGGCAACCCCUCGGGUACCUACAGCUACUGGGGCGAGCAUGGGCCGACGGUGGUGCAGGAGAAUGCGGCCAGUCUUCACGGACCGGUGGCGGCUCAUCAUCUCUACGCGCCCUACUCGCCGACGUUCUACGAUCACCACGGCUUGGGGAAGCCAACCAUCGUUCAAGCUAAUGUUGCUGCCAGUCUGGCCAAUCACUGGGGAUAUCCGUCGGCAUACGGAGCGUACGGUCAUGGGUAUGGAUAUGACUACAAUAAGUACUUGUUGUAAGCCAUCAAAUCAUUGGCUAUC